AUGCACCGCGAUGCUCGCGAGGAGUUGAACCGCCUUCGAGCCGUUCUCACGGCUACCCUGGCGGAUCUGGAUCAAGCGGUCCAACCUCACCACAAUCCCGAACUCACUCGCCCACGGGAUCUCCAGGAGACGACCGUCGCGGAUCUAGCUCGAGUUUGUCGAGAACGUGACGCUUCUCAUGGUGAGGUGGACCAAGUGCACUCGGAGCUCAGGGAUCUUCGAGCUGAUUUCGACGCCUCCGAGCAGACAGAUCUUAUCCGCAUGAGCCACGAGCGAGACGAACUGCAACGAGAGCUGAACGUCGCGCGAUGGCAGCUGUCUUCCAUACGCGCCCUGGCCGAUGCCCGACCCAACGCGACCGAAGACGUGGUGGAUCCAGCGUACAUUCUAGGUUUGAUCCCAGUGGCGCCUCCUGGGUCGGCUGGGCAGCCAUCCGCAGGGGCAAGUUCGGAUCCAGGCCAAGGGGACCCAGAUCCAGAGGCGGCUACGGGGUCCCAUACGCGACCUGAGUCCAGACGUUCCAAACGAGAUCGGGAUGCAGAAACCUCCGAUCCGGAUCCCGACCCUCCUGCCAAGCGACGUAUUCUCUCCCCAUCUCUUCCCGAUGACAGGGACGCCGAUGGCGAGAUCGACGACGACGGGGGUCAUCAGGAUUCACCUGCUGAAGAAGGUGGACAUGCCACACAGAGAGAUCAUGACUCCAGCAAACGCCUCGGCGCCGGCAAGGAUCCCCACGCUAACGAUAGCGACCGCGAGGAAAAUAAGGGGGAAAAUGAUCAAGAGAGCAACGACAACCGCGAGGAGGACGACAACGAAGGGGAGGAGAACGACGACGAAAUGGCCAGCGACGAGGAGGAGGACGAGGAAAUGGCGAACGAGCUGUUUGAAGCUCAGACGUUGGAGGGACUCUCCCAAUCGAGAUCCGAAGAGCGCCGACGGCAGCACGCUUCUCCUCACCGCUCCUUGACUGCCAGCGGUGCGGGCGAACCUCCGGACGGAGAUGAUGGAUCGGAUCCACACGACGAUCCGUAUCCAGUUCCCCAGCGAGAUCCAGAUCCGAUUCAACAGCGAGAUCCUGAUCCACAUAGUCGUCGCUCAGAUCCAGCGGGCCAACCGCCUGCGCUAGAUCCUCUGGCACCGGUGGCGACCUUUGCACCCAGUGCGGACUGUAUCCCCGGUUCGGAGCGCCCACACGUGCUAGUACCGGCAGACUGCAACCCGUGGUUGGUGGAAGAACUGAACGACGUGGCCAUGGUGUCCAUGUUGAUCGACGUGCUGUUCUCGAUCCUGCCUACUGCCCCUGAACUCAUCACGGAGGACAAUGUAAAGGCUCUGCUCAGCACUCGCCCUUGGGAAAUUCUCGAAAACCCUGGAAAUGCCAUUUCGUUCGAGGUAAAUGUAGGUGAGCGGCUUGGGAUCCUGAUCCACGAGUAUGGGAUCUACGAGGACACUCACCUCAUGUCCUACUGGGAGUCCACUCAUCACUUCCGCAUUCCUGGCGCAAUGGCCAGGAAGUAUCCGUGGCUCGUGACUUUCAAAAAAGAGCGCAGUAACCGCCGAUCCCAUGCUGGUCGGGCGUUGAAGCAGUUCUUGGUGCUGCUGAUCACCGUCAUGCGCGAGGGCUGGUGUGACCUGGACAUCUUGUUGGAUCCCCACUUCCUCCACUCCCCCAGACGUGCCGACUCCGUCACCUCGUAUCAAGGCUUAACAUCACGACAAGCUAACUUGGCUGACCCUAACUUGAACCGGCCGGCGACGGAUCUCCCGGAAGCACUGGACGAGUGUAACGAUGAAGAUCCAUGGCGCAAUCACUACCGAGACACUCCUCAAUAUCAUCCUGCGCGCAACAUUGCGCGCCUCCCGGCCAAGUUCUUCAAUCUCCGCGCAGUUGGCGACCAGUAA